UUCCAUUCAAAAUGUUUCGAAGGCCCUCGUUGUGUUGCCCCAUUCACAAGCCGUGAUUGGUGUCGUCUUCUCCAUGGUUACUAAUACUUAGUUUUUGCAGCAUUAUCAUCCACGCUCGUUCCUUCAUCGCGCCAUUCCCUCUGUAGCUCUGCCAUCGUAUAAUAUGGACGUAGAUCAUCCAAUGCAAACGCUAUAAUCCCUCCGACAUAUCCCCUAGGCAGCGAAAGAUAUCGCCGUAAAUUCCUUCAUCGUGGAAGCACUGAUCAGGUCAGGACUUUUAGAAUAUUGGUAUCGGCAGAUAUAAUUGCUGAAAGAUGUCUGGUCGAAAGGAUCCACUUUUGCAAGGGGAAACAACAUGUGGCCCUCUUCUAUAUGAACUCCAGGCAAUAUGGGAUGAAGUCGGGGAGUCUGAAACUGAAAGGAAUAAAAUGUUGCUUGAUAUUGAACAAGAAUGCUUAGAAGUAUACAAAAGAAUGGUAGAUCAGGCAAACCGAUGUAGAGCUCAGCUAAGACAAGCAAUUGCAGAUUAUCAAGCAGAGAUUGCGGCUAUCUACUCCGCAAUGGGAGAGAGACAAGUACAAAUCCGGCAGUCCGAUCAUAAUCCUUGUAGCUUGAAGGAAGAGCACACAGCUAUUAUUCUACAACUAGAGGAGAUGCAGAAGAGGAAAUGUGACAGAAGGAAUCAAGUCAGAGAAGUUCUAGAGCAAAUUCAGCAGAUAUCAAGUGAGAUGCAAUGUUUGUCUAGGUACACUCUGGCCAGCACAGUUGUGGAUGAAACGGAUUUGUCAUUAAGAAAGCUCGAAGAAUUGCAGGGAGAGCUGCAGGCACUUCAAAAGGAAAAGAGUGAUCGGCUGAAGCACGUAUUGGACCUCCUGAACACUUUGAAAUCUUUGUGCUCGGUGCUUGGUAUAGAUUUCAAACAAACAGCUAAUGAGGUUCAUCCUAGUUUAGGUAAUGAUUGUGAAGGACCGAAGAACCCUAGUAAGGAUUUUAUUGUGCAGUUGGGAACUGCAAUACAACAAUUGAGAGAGGUUAAAAUUAAAAGGAUGCAGCAGCUCCAAGAUCUUGCAACUUCAUUGUUGGAGCUUUGGAACUUGAUGGACACACCAACUGAAGAGCAACAGAAGUUUCAGAAUGUUACCUGUAAUAUAGCUGCUUCAGAACAAGAGAUAACUGACCCCAACACGCUUUCUGUGGAUUCAAUUGAUUCGGUUGAGGCAGAAGUUUCUCGGCUGGAAGAACUGAAAGCGAGCAAAAUGAAGGAACUUGUUUCGAGGAAGAGAUUGGAGCUGGAGGAGAUUUGUCAAAAGAUGCAUUUGAUUCCAGAAUCAAACAGUGCAGUGGAAAUUGCUAUUGAAGCUGUUGAGUCAGGGGAGUUGGAUCCUGCUUGUGUCCUUGAACAGAUUGAACUUCAAAUUGGUAAAGCUAAGGAGGAGGCUUAUAGCAGGAUAGAAAUACUCGAUAAGAUUGAGAAAUGGUUGGCUGCACGUGAGGAAGAGUGUUGGCUUGAGGAGUAUAACAUGGAUGAUAACCGGUACAAUGCUGGAAGAGGUACUCAUCUUAAUUUGAAGCGUGCUGAGAAAGCUCGUUCUUUGGUUAAUAAACUUCCAGGAAUGGCGGAGGCUUUGGCUUCAAAAACCACAUUAUGGGAAAACGAGAGAGGCGUCGAGUUCACCUAUGAUGGUAUUCGACUUCUUUCCAUGAUUGAAGAGUACACCAGUUCACGGCAGGAGAAAGAGCAAGAGCGUAAGAGGCAGAGGGAGCAAAGGAGGCUUCAGGGGCAAACAAUGGCAGAACAGGAAGUACUUUUUGGUUCAAAACCAAGUCUUCUCAAGAUACAAAGUGGAAAGAGGAGUCCUAGAUUGUCUUCUGGUGGAGGGAGCAAUAGAGGACACUCCGCCGCAGGAACAAUGCCGCAAACUCCCAAAGACGAUUCUCUUCCGUCUAUUAAAGUUAAUGCUCAUGAAGUAGAGUCACCCAUGAAGCGGAGACCCUUCUCGCCUAUAUCUUCCAAAGAACCAUCCAAGUCCAACACAACGACAAACUUAGCAGAAGAUUUCAGCAAGAAGUAGAAUGAGACACCGUGAAAAACAAUUCAAAUAAACAAUUCGAAAUUCACCACGCCAUUCGAGAUAAUUCCGGGUGCAGAGGAAGAGAAAUAGGACUCCUAAAGCCAUGGCAGUUCCAAUGCAGACAGCCACGACGCAUCACCUGGUCCGGUUGCUUGUGGUGGUAACCCUGCUGAAGAUAUUCGCAAAGAGAGUGAAUACUCCUUUGAAGAAAGAAGAGCUGGCUUUUGUGCUUCCUAAUACACAUUCAUUCAGAAUCAGUAGUUCAGUACUCCAAAUGUGACUUAUCCACAGUUUUCGGCAAACUUCAAUCCCCAAAUUAUUCAGUGUCGUGCAUUAAUUUUUUUUCCCCUCCUUAUUCGAUUGGUAGUCCAAAAUUAUUGGCUCCCGUAGUGUGUACAUAAAAAAACUGAGGUUGGCAAUGCCUAGUAAGGUGAAAUUGUUAUACUUUUAGUCAAGGUGAGCUACCUUAUUAUUG